AUGAUGGUCGAACAGAUGGCCAUAGACCAAGGCAGAUGUCAGGCAGCUUGGCUAUUAACCGCCAUGCCAGAUCCAAAUCUGCAAGCCAUUUCCCUGAACAAGAAGCGAGUUGGACUCACUCCUUAUGCCAAACUGGCGGCCGCUCCUUGGAUCGCUGGCAACAUAUCAUAUUUGAAGGAUUUGGAUUACCUUGAGAGUCGGCUGAAGAACCCAAAGGUCGAGAAGCCGGACCGAGACGGUUCCACUUCCGAGACUCCUCCACCUCGCAAACCUUGGAAGGGGAAGAAGGGCAAAGGCAAAAGCAAGGAGGAUGGAGCCCGAUCCUCAGCUCCAUGA